AUGGCAUCCUCAACUACCACUACCAAGACCAAGGAGGAGACGCCCAAGCCCAGAACCCUGGCAGACAUGUCCGAGAGCAUCGACCAGGCCACAUUUGAACAGAUCCUCGAAAUGGACGAGGAAGGCGAACAUGAUUUCAGCAAGGGUAUCGUGUACGGCUUCUUCGACCAGGCUGAGAGCACUUUCGAGAAGAUGGAGACAGCGCUGAAGGAGAAGAAACUCAGCGAACUGUCGUCGCUAGGCCACUUCCUUAAGGGUUCAUCGGCCACUAUCGGCCUCACCAAGGUGAAGGACGCAUGCGAGAAGAUUCAGCACUACGGAGCUGGUAAAGACGAAUCGGGAACCAACGACGAGCCCGACGAGAAGGUUUCUCUAGAGAAGAUCGGAAAGACCUUGGAGACCGCGAAGAAGGAUUACAAGGAGGUAGAAGCCUUCUUCCGGGAAUACUUUGGCGACGAGGAGACGCCUGACUCGCCAAAAGACUCUUAA